AAUGUGUCAUCUCUUAGCACAAUGCCUAAAAUCUGCAUUGGUUUCCUUCAAACUUUAAAAGGAAUAAGAUAUAUAAGUGAUACACGCACUAACAUUAUUACUUGGUACAUACAUUGUAUAGGAGAAACACAUUAUGAUGACAGCGGUAAAUAUUUCUCAGAACGGUGAGGAACUUACCCGGCAACUUAAAUCACAUUUGCUUCCGGUUACAGUGUUUAUUUGUGUAGAAGCAUGUGUUGGUUUCUUUGGAAACAUUGCAAUUUUGGUAGUUUAUUCAAAACACUACAGGCAAGUGAAUUUCAAAAACUUUGUAUUAGCUCUGGCUUUUGUAGACCUUGUAAGCUGUUGCACAGCGCUUCCCGGUGAAGUAUUUUCUCAUCAGAACUGGUAUGACUACAAAUACACGUGGGUUUGUAAAGUGAAAUCUUAUUUCAACGCUUACACAGCCUUGGCGUCAGCGUCUAUUUUACUCAUUCUCGCGAUUGACAGAUACAGAAAAGUUUGUCAUCCGUGUGCCUGGCAAAUACCUUUUCAUGUGGCUUUCAAGCUUUGCGUGUGUUGCUUGGUGAUAUCUGCAAUUGUAUCUACUCCAUUGCUUUUAUUUUGGGGUACUCAGACGUAUUUGUAUGACUUCAAAGGGGAAAACGUGACUGUAUCAGUUUGCGAGAAAUCGGGAGACUAUGCGGAGACAAUGUAUCCACUUUUAUUUAUAACUGGGGCGUUUCUAGUGCCAAUCAGUAUAAUGAUAGUGGUUCUUAUGACACUGAACUUUACGAUAGCCUGUCGUUUAUUUGGUGGAAGCAUACGCACUGAAAAGCCAACAAUUUCAGAGAAACAAUCUUCUAAAAGGACAAUACAAAUGCAAGAACUAUCUACAGACAUUCUAAGCACAGAUGAAGAAUUCACCGACGACUUGAAAGGCGAUCCUGAAAAAUCUGCAAAAGUCUCUACCAUCAAGACACCUUCAGAACAGAAAAAUCGUAAUUCACCCAGGAAAAGGAGAAGACGACGACCAGAAAUUGGCGGAUCGUCUAAGUUUCAACGGAAGCAUAAAACAAUGAUCAUGUUAAUUCUGACGUCAAUAUUUGCUGUCACGAUGGCAACAUACAUUAUAUUCAUUAGUUUUGUGGCAAAACCAAACGGCAUUCUGAAAGAAAUGUCAGAUAGCACUAAGCCAGUUUUCUUCUUUUUCUGGCGAUUGUACUUCGUGAAUUCCGUCGUUAAUCCGAUAUUGUAUGGAUUCAUGGAUCCCGGUUUCCGGUCUGGGUUCAAGUACUAUAUGCAAAGAGGCAAGUCAUCUGUCACAAGCUUAUCACAUAGCGAUACACACUAAGCUUCAUAUGGAAAUGGUGGAAAAUAACAUUACUAGCUUUACGGAAUUCUUUAUUAUUUCGUUAUUUAGGUAAUGGUCAUCGCUUUGUGUAUACAUGUAGGUGAAAUAAAAUUGUCUAUAUAUUCGUUGAUUGAAUGUAUCGCAUGAUUAGUUUUAUACAUGUAGGGGAAAUAAAAUUGUCUAUAUAUUCGUUGAUUGAAUGUAUCGCAUGGUUAGUUUUAUACAUGUAGGGUAA